AUGGGUCGAGUUUUCAAAAAGAAAGUUGGUACGAAACGAGCCGUUGAACCGGAGAAAAAAGAUGUUGUGGUGACGAAGAAGGCGAAGAAAGAAGAAGAGCCGGAGCCGGAACCAGUGGAAGAAGUUGAGGAAGAGGAUGAAGACGUGAGCGACGAAGAAGAGGAAGAAGAUAAUGACGAUGAAGACGUCGAAGAUGAAGAGGACGGCGAUGAAGAAGAGGAGGAAGACGAGAUGCCGGACUUCCCGUUCAAGGGAGACCAACCGUACGAUGAGGAUCGGGACGGAAUCGUGAACAUGCUCACGCAAACCUUCCUCCGAACUGACAUCGAUCUGGUGGCGAUGUCCGAGAAGAUCAUUGCUCAGUCUCCGUUUGGAAUCAUUGUCACGGUAAGCUAGAAAUACUGGAAACAUUCGCGAAGCUUGAAUUGCAGCCAGACCUGGAAGAGGAAGACGUCGAAGAGGACUUCAUGGUUUGCGGACUGUGCACAACUGUGCCGUUGAAUGAAAAGAAGGACGAUGCUCCGAAAUUCGUCAAGGACAUCUUCGGAUAUCUUCUGAAUCGAGCCAAGAAAGGAGCUCCGACUGAGAUCUACAAGAAAAUCGAAGAGAUUCAGGACGAAGGAGAUGGAAAGACGGCUCUAUUCAUCAACGAAAGAUUGCUGAAUUUCAAUCCGCAAGUGGUUCCCGCCACUUUCUCAGGAAUACGAACGGACAUCGCCGGUCUGGAGUCUCAAUUCAAAACUUUGUAUACAUCCAAAAGUUGAGAAUUGCGGAGAGCGAUGGAAAUGGAGACAAGGCGGGAAGCAGUUCGGGGGGAGCCGCGAAGAAGAAGGGAAAAAUGGGAAAGGCCGAGAAGAAACGGGCGGCGGCGGCGGCUCUCGCGAAUGCUGAGCUCGAGUUCGACAAUCCGGAGGAUAAGAUUCUAUUCGAGGUAGACCCAAUGGCUUAGUUUCCAUUUUUAAUAUCCCUUUUUCAGCUUAGCGAAGGAAAGGAAGUGCAUUUCGACUAUCCGGUGCAUAUGGACGUCGAGCCGGGAAGCAAGUUCCAUAUCGUCGAGAAGGGCGGCAAGAAGUGGAAUCCGUUCCGUCGCGUGGUCAUCAUGGAUGCGAAACGAUUCGACGCCUUCCUGAAGAAAGGAGCCACUUGGUCGCCUGUCUGA